AUGGAGAGACACCGACACACUUACCAAGCAAAAGCGUCUGUUAAAACUAUAUGGAAAACGUUGGUCCAAACUAAACCGCCUGCCAUACUGGGACCCCGUCAAGAAUGUUUUGCUAGGUGUCAUGCACAACUAGUACGAAGGCGUUUUACAGCAUCAUUGGCGUACCCCCCCAAGAACGCUACCCACGACGACCAGCUUGACGAUUGGGAGGAUACCAACUCAGACACCACAGAAGCAAGCCUCAAUUUCCAGGACACCACACUUUUACACAUACAAAAAGCUGUACCCAACACCAAUUUCGUAUCACUUGUUAUGUGCACCAACAUCAUAUCUAGGAAGUCAACAAGUCAUGCCGAUUUGGAAAAGUUUUUGCAGGCUUAUUCUCUCUACACCGAGUCAUCCAAGCUGGUCUUUGAUUCGCCAAAGAUUGUCCCCAACCAUCACUAUGCCCUCCACACCCCUGAUCAAAUGAAGUGGUGGGGGCCUCUCUCAAAUGUAUCUGAAUUCUCAGGCAAAAAAUUCAAUGGAUUACUCCAAAAAAUGAAGACCAAUGCUAUCAUUGGCCAAAUUGAAGGUACAGUUCUAUGUGAAUUUUGUCAAAUGCAAAGGCUCAAUGCUCAAGCUUCCAGCUGGUCACUCCAACCCGACAACAAAUUGGAACCAAAACCUAAAAGGAUGGUGGAGGUGCACCCCGAUCUAUACUCAGCUCUGCUUCAAAAACUACAGAGCAAAGAUGCAGCAUUGUGA